UGCUGCUGACUGGAAACAGGAUGCUGUCAGGCCGAAGAGACGCUCUGACCUAACGGAGAGAAACCGCAGCAUCAUCCUUUGUUUUCUGGAGCUGGAUAUCCAGGCACUGUGACACCGACUGAUAAUCUGGAGCAACUGGCAGAGAAGGAGGAGGAGUCCAGCUCUGACAGCCAAUAGCGAAAGCUUAAAGCGUCCAGGGAGGCCGACUGCUCUAAACAAAUCGUGUGGUGAACUGAAAAGAACGCUGAAGCAAAGGUGGAGAGCAGCAGGACUUUGGUCUCCUGCUGUCCCGUGUUUUUGCUGGAAACUCCACUUCUCUCACUGCCCAGUACACUCCUACUGUUCUUCCUGUUCGUUCACUCUCCUAUCAUCUAUCUGCCCAUCUUGCUCGACAAAUAGGUCAACAGAAUCCAAGCGCCAAAGACUAGGAGACCAUCUCAGCUGUUUCUGUAGAAGCACUGCUAAUAGAAAGAACACAAGUGGAUGUAACUGCCCCCACCCACAGAGUUCGGUUCAGUCCCACGGGCGAUGAGACGAGCCAGGAGCUUCAUCUUUCUCUAGACACUUUCUUCUACACCUUCUGUCUUCAUGCUUUGGGGGUCCUCAGGUGCCCCCACCCCGUGUCGACCCCCCCACACCCGUUGCCACCACGGCAGACCACCCCAAUCGCCUUGUUGCCAUGCCGACAGAGACACUGACUCCAGCCCUGCCAGAUAGCAAGGCUGCUGGCCCUGCAACGCCCUUCAGUUCCACUGUACCCCUCCGCAUCCUCAACAAGGGCCCCGAGUACUUCAGGAGACAGGUGGAACCAAACCCUAAGCGCCUCAGUGCUGUUGAAAGACUAGAAGCUGAUAAGGCCAAGUAUGUCAAGAGCCAGGAAGUCAUCAAUGCCAAGCAGGAGCCAAUCAAACCACCUAUGCUCGUUAAACCACCUGCUGGCCAUCCCCUGCUAUCCAAGAGAGGUCCUGGCAUCGGUGGAGGAGGCAGUGGAGGCGGGUUACCUUUCAAAGCAUCCAAUAACAAUGCCAAGUCAGACACGUGCGCAACAAGCUGUGGCAGCAUCAAACGGGAGAAUUUAAACCUAGAGAUCCUAAAAAAUCUGCUAAACUCAUCGUCUUCUUCAGCAGCAGGAUCUGGAGGUGGAGCUAAGAGUGCUGUGCAUAUGAGGUCAACAGGUGGAAUGCCCAGGAGUUGGACACCAUCGGGGAUGCCGUUAACCUAUCGGUCUACCAUGACUCUUAACGAACAACCACCCGACUCGACUCCCAGUCCCAGCACCUCACACUCCCUCCGAUCCUUCUCCCAUUCACUGAAGGUUCCCCCGAUCAACAGCGGGGGGCGUCGCAGUCCGCAACAGGGAGGAAACCUGAAUCUCAGCAGACGAGUCCAAGAUGAGAGAAGCGGCGAAGGAGGCGUUAUGGAUCGUUCUCGGUCCCCGCUGCCACCUCUGCUUACUUCCCACUCAUCCUCCGACCUCCUGCGACUGUGCAAUGGCAAGCCGCUCCGUACUGCACGAUCCAGUAGCUCCUCAGCUCCGCCCCUCCCUCCAAAACCCAAACCUGCUUCCCUCCCUCCUCCUGCACUUUCUUUGUCACUGCCUCCCCCUCGUCCUGCCCCAUCCCCCUCACCUUGUGACAACACCACCCCUCAGUUGCUACCUUGUGAUCUUGGAGAUCCUUCAAAAAUGUUAGCUGAUCCUAACCUCGAGCUAGAACCUGGUUCGUCAGUGGCACGUCGCUCCUCGCUGCACAGAUCUAAAUCAGACCUGUCAGACCGUUACGCCCGGGCCGGAGCUGAUGUGGAACGCUUUUUUAACUACUGCGGACUCGACCCUGAGGAGCUGGAGGCGGUUGGUCCGGAGAACUUUGCACGGGCCAACUCGGAUAUCGUCAGUUUGAAUUUCCGAUCAGCUUCUAUGAUUUCCUCUGACUGCGACCGUUCUCGGCGAUCUUCCAAUGAUGGUCUGUCAGAUGGGGAUGAGGGUGAGGACGAAGAGGAGGAGGCUGGGGAGCGUGUGCCAUAUGGCAUUUCGGCUGUGGAGCGAAAUGCAAGGGUCAUUAAAUGGCUAUAUAGCAUUAAGCAGGCGAGAGAGUCACACAAAGUGUCCCAUGUUUAGAAGUGGAGGUUCUUUAGGCUAAAGACAAACUGUCCUAAUCUCUGAAGGAAUCACUGCAGCGGCAUUUCUCACAGAUAAAGAGGCUGUUGUCUUAUUGCUGAACGAAAACUUUUUCAACUGUGUGUAGCUGAAUGAAAGAGGGAGGAGUGCACAGGUAUAACCCAAGCCAGGUAAGGAAAGAGACAAAAUAGUGUCUGAAGAUUAUAGAAAAGACAAAGACUGCAGUCCUCCAAAGUUUAGAACAAGAAAAACACCAAGAACAGGAAGAGGAAAAGCAAAUUCAGUGCUUACUCUAGAGUGGCCGUUAACUGCUUCUCUGUGGACACUGUAUGAACUGUUGUGUAAGCAACAGGAACAAAAGUGAAAUGCACUACAUUUGUCCAAGGAUCCAUAAUGUGGCCAUCGCAGUAGAAAGGAUUGAAGACGUUUCUCACAGAGGACAUUUGGACUUGUCAGACAUCAGUACGACUGACACUCUGUUGAAUGUAGCCUUUGACACCUGCACUCAUCGUCUUUGAAAUGUUCCUCAGUCCACUUUUGUGCUCUUUCAUGGUCACAUCCUCAGUAGGAAACAGUCGGCCAGUUGUAAGUGGUUGAACAUCAUCUUACCUCACAAAUGCUGUCUGUUAGAAAAAUAAAGCUACAGGUUAACUGUCUUUAGCUAGCACAGAAAUAUUUUAUACAGGCCUCAGUCUUGCUUACAUUUAUCGCUCAUUACAGAUACUUUGGAUAUGUUCUCCCUUUGGGACACUAAGAAACAAAAAAAACCUAACCUCUGACCCUGUGACUAAGUUUGCAUAGUAAAUGUAUACAUGUGAUAAACUGAAAGCUUAAACAACAAAGACCCGUUAAAUCAGCACAUUUCUUGGACGGAGGCAGCUGUCUUUCACACAAUCUGCCUAAAUUUGCACUCAAUGCAGCGCAUGUAGCUUAUUGCUAAACCAUUGGUGAAUGACGUCACACUCGUUGUGGUUUGUCUAGCACCUCACAGAAGUUCUUCCUCACAGUACUUUUCUGAUUGUUUGAGGUGAUCAGCUCCCCAGUUUCCAGCUUUUUGCCUUAUCAGAAACAUCAGUAGCAUCAUUCACUUACAGUAAUAGGGUUGCCAACUUUUUAGCUAACAAAUACGGGACACUCUGGCAUGCCAGAAGCACAAUACACAACCAGCUGGGUGUAGUGCACAUAUGCACUGUAUGUGACAUUGCAGGUAAUGGUCAAUAAAUGGGACAUUUAAAGUGGACUAAGGGGCAAACCAGUGUUUGCUCAUUAUACAGCUAAAACGGGGCAAUUGGCAACCCCAGACAGCAACACUGUGAGGUUUGGGUAACAGUGCAGUUAACAAAUGGCCCCAAUAAAAUGCCUGUUGCUAUAACCCACGGUUAAACAGCACAUGAAUUUUAAAUAAAAAGUGAAAAUCCUUAUCAAGUAGCACCUGUUUCCAUAACUUGUCACUGUUCAUAAGUUGGUGGAACGGAGUCAUCGUCUGUGCUUUCCUACAGUAACAAGUCCAAAUGUCCACUGUGAGAACAGCCUGCACGCAGUGCUGAUGAGGCUGCUAAACACACCUUGUGAAAGACGCCGCUGCAAACACGACUGAACUGUCGGAGCAAACUCGGUAAAAUCACUUGAUAUUUGCGUAAAGUGACUGUUAAAGGAUGGAUUGAUGACUUCGUCACUUGCCUCAAUGAAGCUGCUGCAAAUUGUUGAAAAACUCUGAAAUACAGACGGUGUUAGAGUUGCGAAAUAAAGACAUCGGAGCGGGUGGUGAGUGAGACAAGAAGGAAAGCAAGGAACAUGAAACAAAAACUAAUGUCACAAACUCUGAGCAUAUUUAUGUGGUUACACCAUCAAAUCAUUGCACUCUUUGGCCUUUAUCGCCAAAUGUCUCAUUACGCUGCCGUGUCAGCCAACAGAACAUUUCAGCGGAGAGUUUAGGUGUCCUGUGGUGGGAUAUCUGUAGACGACAUAUUCAAUUCAGGUGUAUUUAUUUAGCACCAGAUCACAACAGCAGUCACCUCAAAGCACUUUACACUGUAAAGUGAAGAGUCUACAGUAUUCUAGAGAAAACCAUGACCUCUAGUUUCAAUUUGAAAGCUUUUGAUAUUAGAGCCGUGGUUUUAAUGGGAAUUUCCCAACUACUUCUCCAUCUUAAGGUCACAGAGGGUUGGAGCCUUUCCCCAUUCAGACAGCCAUUGUACCACUCAAGUCAAAAUUAACUGUGGUAAUGAACAGAUUUCUUCCGUGAGGCUGCUUUCAUGACGUAGGGUGACAUCAACAGAAGUGUUAAAGUACCAAACCUUGACUUCAUGCCGCCGAUGUCAGUGGGACUAUUAAACAGACCACAACUACUGACUUUUCUUUGGUGGCAGCCAAAUAAACCAAACGCCCGGUGUUGAAGAAGCUGAAACAAUCAGACCUGUAGAUGUAUCCACAGACGGUCCAAACCUUUAUUGCAGUGGAAACCUAAUGAGAACGUGAGUGAAGCUGCAGGACACCAAGACUCUCCUGUCGAAACAGUGUUGGUACAAAUCAUCAUGUGUCACCACGUGCAAACACCUACACUGAAAGCAAUAUUAUGCAUACCGUAUUGCAGUGCAGAACAGUGUAUGAAGGUGUCAGACUGAAGUGUUGCUCACGCUGAUUGCACGCUGCAGCCACACACAGCUCCAGCAGUGCGUCUGCCACCCUGCGCUGACUCCAUCUCUCUACUGUAUCCAAACCCUCAGUCAGUCCAUCACAGGAGCAAAGUCUUUCGUUCUGCCUUUGUUUGCUCCUAAUAAUGACGGUGGCCGGAUUACUGAGUUCCACACCACCCUUCACAUCUGUCUGCAAGCCGCUGACAUGUCUGAAGGCCUGAAGCCAUAUGGGUGUGAAUGCAGUGCCUCAGCCAGCAGUUCCAUCUACCCCACCACCACCUCCUUUUAGCUCACUUACAGGUCUGCAAAGGUCCAAGCACCCUGCUGGCUUCACUUCACUGCCCCUCAUCCUGCACUACAGAUAGUGUUGGUGCUGUGGAAGCAUAAACGUCUGAAACAGCUGGAGUCUGCUCUGCCACGUUAAACUGAAUUUGGGUUGGGGGUAAGAUGACUCACAUGUUAGUUAAGCUCCCUAUAAAGCCGUCCACUUUCAAAUGCAACCAAAAACAAGGUGCUUGCUCAAAGCACCUUCGUGCUUACAAUCAGUGUCAGAAUGGAAAAGCUUCACCUAAUGGACACAGCUGCUGCCAGAUGUCUUACAGCUUUGAAUGUUUCAUACUUGCAGAACUCCAGGUGCAGCGUAGAUGCAGUCAUAAGUGAAUGUAACAUAUGAAACAUUUCUAAAUGUACAUCACUGGUUAGCUGUUCACAUAGUGCUCUCAGGUACAGGAACAAGUUCUUGUUUCCUGAAAUGAUGCACAGGGACGUGUCUUUGCUGAGCUGGAGCAGUUAGGGUCACAGUAUAAUGCUUGUUCUUCUGAGUAAUUAUGAACAAAGUGUACAGCUGUAAUAAUCUCAAAAACCCUCCAAACAUCAAAUUCUUGAAAAUAACACGUGCCUCGUGAAACACAAAAACUCAGUUCAGCUGCAAGGAAACAAGGAAACAAGUACCAGGAAAGCAGUGGUUUUCUCUGAGGACUCAUCAUUCUCCCAGCAGCCUCUGCACCUUAGAGGAGACGCAAUGAGUUGUGUCUUGAGUCCAAGUGUCAGUAUAAAAGGCUCUCGUCAGAUCCCGAACCAGCGCUUGAUUCUUCAGUCAGCGAGCACACACUGCCAGCACAAGUGAAAAUGGUAGUAAACAUGAAAGCAACUGAAGAUACCCACUUAACAUUGGAGAGGAUAUAAUUAGAUGAUGCUGAACAGUGAUACUGUCAGCAUACUGAAUAUAAAUAUGACCUCUAAAAAUGUCAAACUAGUGCUCUGAAAACAUUAAAAAAAAGUCAUGAAAUUCAUUGUUAAACUCUGAUUCUUAUAUCGCGCUUUUCUACUCUGUUUGGUUAGGAACAUGCAGCGACAACACCCGAUUAUCAGCUGCAGGUUAUGUGGUUUGGGUUAAAAUGUUUAAUAAGUCAAAGCAUUGUUUUUAAUGACAAGCAGGGGGAGCCCUCCAACUGCAUGUAUGCAAAUGUGUGACACAAUUAGCCCACUUCUCCUAAACCCUUUUUUUACUAUGUUUUUGGUCUUAGUCACUAGUUUGAUGUUUUAGUGAACACAAUGCGAUGCUUCCUGUGUAAAAGAUAAUUAACAGUAAAGCAGGACACUCGUUACCAUAGUCGUGCAGUGUCCGAGGGGCUUCUGAUGAUUUAGGUUAACAUACACCCAUUCACAAUAGCAACAACCCCACCCCUAGCUCAGAGUUAUUAGACAAAACACCAACCAAGUGAUCCUAAAGUGUGUGGACACAGUUGUCAUGAGUUGCGGGAUGUUUAAUGUUCCUAAGACAGUGGAUGUGAAGUGAAGCCAGCUGGAGGACUGGCCCUGUCCUGAGGCUGAGCAUGUUCCUGACCCUUCAUUUGUCUCACGUCUUCCCAGCAUCCUUUGUGGAAUCAAGCAAACCCUGCUGCUUCUCCCUGACAGCAUGGUACGGCAGCAGCGACAUUGUGUGCCAUUUUCACUUUUGUCGACAUGAUGUGCUUUUCCUUUGACUCCGGGACAGAAGGAUGUAGAGUGGUAAUUGUUUUACUUUUCAUUCAAAGUGUAAAUAUUGUAAGAAAAUGUAUAUUUGAUUUUCAAAGGACAGUGUGUUGUGUUUCAGUUUUUUCUGUGUUAUAAAAGACCGGGAACAAAGCUCUGCUGUUUUGCUGUUGCCCUCAAACAGAACUGUCGGAUUGAGCCGGGCAUGACUGUUUCAGUGUUGAUCAUGUUUUUUGAUGUGGAAACUGUUACAUUUUGCUUGAUUGGGAGAAAAAAAUUACAAAAAUGUCUUCGUGUUUAGUUUCUUUUGCAUUAUUUCAAUAAAUGUCUUCUUUUCCCA